CACAACUCUUGUCCUAAAAAUAAAAGAGAAUUAAUGGAUGCUGUAGACGAUACCACGGAUAAGAGAACAAAUGAGGGUGAUGAAGGCUCCAUCUCGGAUGCUGAUGAGGCAGUGCAUUCUGUCCGCUACAAAAGAAAAAAAGUUAAUGAAGCCUCGACUAGUGGGAGUGUUGCGGCAGGAGCAGGAGCAGGAGCAGGAGCAGGAGCAGGACGUACUUCAGGACUUUAUCUUGAUACGAUCCAACGGUUUAUGCUCGAUUUUGAUUUCGAAAAAGUGUGUUCCGUCUCACUGUCAAAUCUGAAUGUCUAUGCAUGUCUAGUUUGUGGGAAAUAUUUUCAAGGACGUGGCCCUACCUCGCAUGCGUAUUUCCAUAGUCUUCACGAGAAUCAUCACGUCUACAUUAAUCUCAAUACACUCAAGGUGUAUGUUUUACCGGAUUCCUAUGAAGUGACGGACUCGUCGCUGGAUGAUAUCAAAUAUGUUUUGGAUCCAAGAUUUACGCCGGCACAAGUCGAAGCGCUCGAUAAGAACUCUAGACAAUCAUUUGAUUUGAACCGCAAGCCAUACCUUCCAGGUUUUAUUGGACUGAACAACGUUAAAGCCAAUGAUUAUGUUAACGUGGUGAUUCAGGUUCUGGUGCAUAUCCCUCCAGUUCGAAACUUUUUUAUGUUACAGACAUUUGACGACAAAUCAGAGCUUGUCAAAAGAUUUGGAACCUUAGUACGAAAGAUCUGGAACCCAGCAGCGUUCAAAGGUCAAGUCAGUCCUCAUGAGCUUUUGCAGGAAAUUUCCAAUGCCAGUAACAGGCAGUUUAAGUUGACGAAGCAAGGGGAUCCUUUGGCGUUUUUGUCCUGGUUUUUGAAUACUUUGCAUCGAGAUCUUGGAGGAUCGAAGAAGAAAAACAGUAGUAUUAUAUACUCUACAUUUCAAGGAGAGCUCUCGAUUGAAUCACAGUCCAUUGAUACGAAUACCCCAAAAGGUUCUGUCGUUUCAUUUGAUCCGAAUAAUGCUGUGACGAAGAUCAAGUCGCCCUUUUUAUUUUUGGCUCUUGAGCUUCCACCUGCACCACUUUUCCAUGACGAACAGGAAAGAAACAUCAUUCCUCAAAUUCCACUUACGGCUAUUCUCUCAAAGUAUGACGGGAAAACCACGCAGGAAACUGCGUCUGAAUUGAAGCGAUUCCAUAUAAUUCGACUCCCCAACUAUAUUAUUUUUCACAUCAAACGGUUUUCGAAGAACAAUUUUGUGGAAGAAAAAAACCCUACGAUUGUCACUUUCCCUAUUAAAAACCUGAGCAUGGCAGAAUACGUGUCUGAUCCAGAAAAGGAAAAUGCAUUAGGACUGCACUAUGAUCUGCUUGCAAACGUUACACAUGAAGGUGACCCCGCUACACCAGGCUCGACAAGCUACAAGGUUCAUCUUCAACAUCGGGCGAAGGAGCAAUGGUACCAAAUUCAGGACCUGUUUGUUGAAGAGAUUAAUGCGCAAAUGAUUUUUUUAUCGGAAUCGUAUAUUCAGGUUUGGGAGCGUAAAUCAAAAGCCUAAUAAAAAUCCUUGCUGCUUUGCGUUUCACUAAACUAAACAACAAUAAAAAAUAUACACCACUC